GUAAGCGUAAACGUAAGCGCAAAAGCAAACGCAAACGCAAACGCAAACGCAAACGCGAAAAAACCACCCGUCGGAACUGCAAAAAGAACUAUGCGCGACUGGCCACGUCUUUGAAUGCCGCCCAACGGCGUCCCACGUCAUCGAAGCGCAGCUCCCUUGAGUUUUUUUUUUUUUUUUUUUUUUUUCGAAUGUGAUGCACCAAAGCGCAAGAGAGUGGAAAGCCUCCGCCCGCAAAACUGCCCAUUUGCGUGAACGUGCUCGUCUACGCAUGCGUGUAUGGGUCGCCCCUCUGUUCGUUUGUCCGCAAGUGAAUUUUUUUUUAAUUUUUUUGCGAAAAAGUGAUUUGCCAGCGCGCCCCGUGUGUCCCCUGUUGUGUACAUGCGUCUUUUCCGGCGAGCCCUGCGCGGCGGAUUUUACGCAGCCGUUUAGCAGCCGUUUAGCAGCCGUUUAGCAGCCGUUUAGCAGCCGUUUAGCAGCCGUUUAGCAGCCGUUUAGCAGCCGUUUAGCAGCCGUUUAGCAGCCGUUUAGCAGCCAAUUAGCGGCCAAUUAGCAUCCAUUUAGCAGUAAACGGUUUGCCGAGAGGCGUUUCCCCCGCUCGAUCUCCCCCCCGCUCAGCGGCAAAGGGCUUCCAAGCCAACCAUGUGUUCGCAGGGAUAGGGAACUCUUUUCACCCCUUCGUCACUCCAACGCUUUCGUACCCGUGUUGAGGACAAAGGAAGAGCUGCGUCCAUGGGGAGAAGACAGAAGCGCGUUUUUAUUUUUACAGAAUGCUUCCCACAGUGUUUGCAAGAACAGUCACGUCUGUCACUGGUUGUUCUGUUGCUCCCCCUCUCCUUCGCACGUUAAAGCUAGCAGUCUCCUGGAGCAUGAAGGAAAAUGGGGAACGCAAUAAACAAACUGAUUAAGCAUUACAGCAGUGUAGAGAAGAAGAAGAGCGAGUACAAGUUCGGCAAGGUCUUGGGCUGCGGCUCCUUCGGAGUCGUGCGAGAGUGCAUCAACAAACAAACGAAGGAAGUCUACGCCGUGAAGAUUAUAAAAAAAAAAAAGAAACACAAAAAAAAUUUUAAUUUUGAAAAAAUGGUCAAAAAUGAAAUCAAGUACCUCUCCGUAAUGAGCCACGAAAACAUCAUCAAAUUUAAAGAUUUUUUUGAAGACAAAAAUAAAUUUUACAUUAUUUUGGAGAAGUGUGAGGGAGGCGAGCUCUUUUACACGGUGGUGAAGAAUAAGUGCCUCUUGGAGAGUGAGUCCAUUCAGAUUGUCCGCCAGAUCUGCUGCGCGCUGGAGUAUUUACACUCCAGGAAUAUCAUUCACCGGGAUAUUAAGGCAGAGAACUUCCUCUUUAAAAAUAAAAACACGAAAAGCAUCAAAUUGAUAGACUUCGGAAUGGCCAAGAAGGUGAACUGCGAAUACCUGACCGAACUGUGCGGCUCCCCCCACUACAUUUCGCCUGAACUGAUCAGAAAGAAGUACACAAUAUCUUCGGACAUUUGGGCCCUCGGGGUGAUGGUGUUCUUCAUGCUGACUGGAAAAUACCCAUUUGAGGGGAAGAACACGCCCAAAGUUGUGGACGAAAUACUCAACAAAAAUAUAAACUGGAAGAGCAAAGAAUUCUCCUCCCUUUCCGUCGAGGCUGUGGAUUUUUUAAAAAAGCUGUUGGAGAGAAACGAAAAGAAAAGACUCACGGCAUACCAAGCGCUCAACCACCCGUGGAUCAAGUCCCAAGUGGAGUAGCCAGCCCACCUUUGACCAGCGUCGUGUUUCUUUUUUUUUUUUCGCAUCCCCCCUUUGACCAGCGUCGUGUUUCUUUUUUUUUUUUUCGCAUCCCCCCUUUGACCAGCGUCGUGUUUCUUUUUUUUUUUUCGCAUCCCCCCACCCCAUUGUUUUGUCUCCGCUCCCAGCGGACCUGCACCCCCUACGUAUUGUGCGCCUCGUGAUUAAUAAUUUCCAGCACAAGCGUACGCGCGAGGGACGACUCAUUUGUUCCCCGCACUGUUGCUCAUUUGUUCCAC